AUGAUGGCAGCAAUACUUGAGCAGCCGCAGCGCGAUUCGCUCGCGAGCGGCUCGAUUGUCGAACCCGUCUCCAUUACGCCACCGCAGAGUGCCAACGGCAAGAAGGAAGCGCCCGAAGGCGUGCCGUCCGAGUUAUCUGACCUCGAGCUUGACCACGCAUCUGCCGCGGCUCCGGAUACAACCAAGAUAAAGCAAGAAGAAAUAGAAGAGGAGGUUACGGAGAUCGAAGAAAUCGAACCCGAUCAUUACUAUGGCGGCGGCAAAAUCCCAGUUUUCAAGCCGACGAUGGAACAAUUCCGAGACUUCCAGGGGUUUAUCAACAAGAUCAAUAAACAUGGCAUGCAAGCGGGCAUUGUGAAAGUCAUCCCCCCAAAGGAAUGGUCCGAGUCUCUUCCACCGCUGGACGAGGCAGUCAAACGAAUUCGUGUAAAGAACCCCAUCAUGCAAGAGUUCCACGGAUCCCACGGCACAUACACCCAGGCCAAUAUCGAACGUCAACGCACGUACAACCUUCCACAAUGGAAAGGUCUUUGUGAAGAAAGCAGCCACCAACCACCUGCCCGCCGAGGAGAGAGACGCCGAAAUCAAGAACGCGUGCACCGCGCAGCCCCGACACCGCGACCCCCUUCUGCUCGACCGGAAGUUCAGAAGCGCAGGCCUGGCCGUCCUCCCAAGCGGUCAAACCAGGUCAAGAUCAAGGAGGAACCCCCUGCCGAUGAUGCCGACAAAUCCAGAUUAGAGGGUCCUCCGACGCCUGUAUCACCCGAGACCAAUCCCGUGCAGACCAAGACCGAGGAGUUGAGCGAAGGCGAGUCCCUACCUACCACAAAACCCAAGGGACGACAACCUAGGUCCGUGACCUCCCGUCGAAAGAAUAAUCGGGGGGAGGCCGCAGAUCAAUUCGACGAGGAGGCUUACAAGGGCUUUGAUUACCGAAUCCACGACAACGAAGAUUACACCGCAGAAAGAUGCGAGGAGCUUGAGACGAACUAUUGGAAGUCGCUGAUGUACAACAAUCCUAUGUACGGUGCUGACAUGCCUGGCUCGCUCUUCGAGGACUCCACAGAAUCCUGGAAUGUCGCGAAGCUGCCGAAUCUGCUCGACGUCCUAGGACAGAAAGUUCCUGGAGUCAAUACUGCUUAUCUAUACUUGGGCAUGUGGAAGGCCACAUUCGCUUGGCAUCUCGAGGAUGUAGAUUUGUACAGCAUCAACUACAUCCACUUCGGUGCCCCGAAGCAGUGGUACAGCAUCUCCCAAGAAGAUGCACCUCGCUUUGAACAAGCCAUGCGCAGCAUCUGGUCUAGCGAUGCGAAGAAUUGCAGUCAAUUCCUUCGCCACAAGACCUAUCUUGUCUCGCCUAGCCUUCUCAAAUCGCAAUACGGGAUCACCGUCAACCGAUUGGUUCACUACGAAGGGGAGUUUGUUAUCACUUUCCCUUACGGGUAUCACUCCGGAUACAAUAUCGGAUACAAUUGUGCCGAGUCAGUCAACUUCGCAACCGAACAAUGGUUAGACUAUGCUCGCAUCGCCAAAAAGUGUCAUUGCGAAGCAGAUAGUGUCUGGAUCGAUGUGGAUGAAAUUGAGCGCAAGCUCCGUGGCGAGAGCACCCCUGAUUACUACGGUGAAUUUGAAAGCGAGUUCGACGGGUUCGAAGGUGCUUCAGACCUUCUUACACCCCCACGUAGUGUGCCCGAGAAGGCAUCUUCUACCCGUGGCCGAAAACGGAAGAACCCGGGUGAGGGGCCGAUCACCAAACGACCCAGACUCCACCCCGAAGGACCGCGGAAGCUUCCGUGUUUACUAUGCCCUAACAACUUGGACUAUGAGGAUCUGCUUCCGACCGACGAUGGCAAAGGGCAUGCGCAUAGACGGUGUGCGGCAUUCAUCGAAGAAACUACCAUCCUCCGGGACGCAUCCGGUACGGAAGUUGUGUGUGACAUUGACAAAAUACCCAAGGCUCGCCUGGGUCUCAAGUGUCUCUUUUGCCGCGAAGUCCGCGGUGCCUGCUUCCAGUGUAACUUUGGCAAGUGCACCCGCGCUUAUCAUGCAACUUGUGCCCUUCUGGCUGGAGUUCAAGUCGAGCAAGGUGCGCUUGCCGUGAUUGCCGAUGAUGGGUGUCAAUACUCAAUUCCGAGCGUUGAUUUGAAAUGCAAGUUCCAUCGUCAAAAGCGACCGAAUGGAGUCCUGGGUGAAUCGUCCGAUGUGGAUCGACGUGUGAUCGAAUCAGCCCGUCGUCUGGUGCAAGGAAAUUUGAUCCAAUUCCAAGCCGACAAGGAAAUCAAUGGCGCCAUUGUGCUUGAAAACCGUCCUUCGGAGCGAACGCUUUUGCUUAAGGUACUCCCAAGAGGAGAUGUGAUCGAAAUGCCCUAUCGUUGGAUGCUCGUCGUUCGCAAGAGCAAUUUCGCACCUCUCGGGCUGGGAAUCCAACCCCUCCCAGCCCACCUAGCGCGAAAACCCGAACAACGAAAGGAGUUGGAAUCAGCGGUACCGGCGGCAGGCAGUGCAUUUGGCGAUUCACGAUCUCCCUAUCAGUGGGCCGAAUUCGAAACAGUGGAUGGAACUAGGAACCAAUUCGCCCCACUCAGCGCAGUCAACCUUCAGCUGGGCGAACAGAUGUGGUAUUAUUUGGGCACGCAGUCCACCGAGAGUAGGGCACAUUAUACACACAACCCUAGCGUGUCCAUCCACAACCCUCGGGCCAAUUUCCUGGACAGCGUCAAGUCGCUUGGCGUUGGUGUCAGCGCUCGUGCAUCGAAGAUCUCACCCCACCACCACUUUCAUUAUGCUGCCACCGCCCCUGCCCCUCCCUACCAGCGAAACCUGCAAAACCAGCAAAAUCCUUACCAAGUAACACAUCAAUCGAAUGUCAACACCCCUCACCUACACUCCAGACCGCCCUCUUCUGCUUUGCAGCACCUCGCCCCUCCCCCUCCCCCUAUCCCUGCUGCCGGUGCUGCUGCUGCUGGAGCUCCUGCGAUGCCGUCGGCCUUUCGAACACUACCCAAUUCUGCCCGUCAUGCCCCCUACCCGUCGGUCGCCAAGUCGCACGCUCAGCAGCAGCAUCACCUCACAUCCACCAAUACCUUUGCCAAUGUUCGAGAACUUAUUGCCCGCCGCCGCCUAGCGCAGAUUACCGACCAUGCCAAUGUUUUUGCGGGAUAUACCAUCGUCAGUCCCGAAUUGGUGGUGGAGACCUUGUUGGGCCCCAUGGGCUCAAUACCACCCGCCAAUGGGCUCGAGAAGCUGGAGCUGGCCAUGGCACAGCAACGCGUGCAGCCGCGAGCUGCCGAUGGGACUCUGCUGCCGCCCCAGACCCUGAACAUGCGGUCGGAGGAGGUCACCCGGCUCCUUCAGAUGCUCCGGUUCUCGCUGGUCAGCCACCGCGAGCGACUUGAUGUGAUUCAGAAGAAGGAGUCGGAGGGUAUCAAGCUAGAGACGAUUGAUCGAGGUAGCGUGGCGGCGGCUAAGAUGCCGGGCAAAUAUGCCUACCUCGAUCAGCAGCGGUCACUGGCACCCAAUGUCUACCAGUCUCCCUACAACAUGCCCUCGGGACUCUCUGAAUAUGCCAAGACUACGUACGGACUGGUUCCUGCGGCAGACGACCCGCCCAAGGCAUCGCUGUCGAAUGAUUAUUUCAACAAUCUGCCACGUGAGCAACAAGAAAAGAUCUUGAAGGCCUGUGGUAGCUUCGUACAGCGUGCCAUUCAGCGGUCAACUAGUCAUAGCCGGCAAAGUUCAGCCUCAAAUCUCCGACUGUCAGCAGCACUGGCACAACAAACCGAAAAUCCGACCAUCGACAUCACCCCCGUGGAAGAUCCUCCCCUUCUGUCAGGUCUAGACAUGCCCCUCCAUGCCGAUUCUCCAUGCUCCAGUUUUGGUCGGUCGCAUCUACGAUUCCAGUCGCCGAACGAGUUCCCCAUCCAUGGCCCCGACCCGCAUCCCGACCACCACGAUCUAUUCGGAGACCAGCAAGCGAACACUCGCUUCUGGCAGAACGGGCCAUGGGUUGCUGGGGAUGGCAACACUCCAAAUGAUGAGCACCGACCGUUCUUCGGACCACAUAUCUUCGGACCGCAUGAACGACUCAAACAUGACUAUGCAUCUUCCGAUAUCUCCCUAGGCAAAGGCCCCGGAUCCUUGCAUUCUGUCGACAUGGCAGGCUUUGGCCCCGACGGGAAUGAGGAUCUUGGCCUGAGUCCAUAG